UUUUUUUUUUUUUUUCCACGGUUUUUGAAUUUGAGCUUUAUUUUGAAGGUUUGGACCAGAAGUCGUCUUGUCACCCGGCUGACUUGACUGUCUCCUCCGGUCAUGAUGAUGGGGGGGGUCUCCUCUUCUCCACUAACUCAUCAUCGGGGAUUCCUCAUAACAGGCUCAGUUGUGUACAGAUUCAGGUCAGACAGGUUCAUACACAGACACAUCCACGCAAACACACAUACACACACACACACGCACACACCCGUCAUGUUCACCGGGACGCGGACGGAGAGCCGGGGGGACUCGGGGGUCCUGGAUGCUGCGGCUCUGAGGCAGCAGAGGAGGCUGAAACAGGCGAUCCAGUUCCUCCAUAAAGACUCAGCUGAUCUGCUGCCUCUGGAUGGACUGAAGAAGCUCGGGACAUCUAAACAGGGGCAACCACAUCAUAUCCUCCAGAAGCGCCUGCUGGAGGCCAAGUUGUCCCGGGACCAGAUGAACAUGUGUGGAGGGACACCAAACAGCGCAGGGGUCCUUGUGAACUGUACUCAUUUCACCUCGCAUGAGGAGGAAGACGAAGAGCAGGACGAUUUCAUCUAUGUGCCCUGCAAGUGUUUAGGACAGGAGGUCAAUGUGCUGAUCGACACCGGCUGCAAACUGAACCUGAUGUCCUCACUAACUGUGGAGAAAUUGGGUUUGAAAGCUCUGGUUGAGGAAAACAAAAUGGAGACGGAUGGGUUCCCAUUUCAGAGGAAGAUUUGCAUCGACGGACACAUCAGAGAAUUCCGCCUAACCAUCGGGCAUCGCAGAAUAGUGUGCUCCUUUGUCAUCGUAGAAAGUGACAGGCCGCUGAUGUCCCUGGGCAACAAGACAUUAAAGUCACUCAAGUGUGUGAUUGACACUGAAAAGCAGAUGUUGGUGUUUGGGACGACCGUGAGGGAGCAACUUCAGUUUGCCCAAAAAGCCAUUCAAUGAAAGAGACCUGUGGUAACAACAACACACACACAGUGACCAAAAGCAAUACAACCAUUUACUCUUACAACUAGACGCCUCAUUGGGGAACUUCAGAUUUCUUACAAUUACACCAAUUUACACUUUCUCUCUGCCUGUUUGCUGCAUUCAUCCAAACUGACUUCGCUUACACAGCAGUUCCUCAUGUAGCAAUAUGUAGCAUUCUUGUAGCCAAUAGUAAUGUUUUAGCUGUCAUUACAGUAGUAAGUAUCGUGCAGCUAGAAAACAAAUGAUGAACAGAACUUGCAGUAUUUUAAGAUUCUGAUAGAAUUGUGAUUUAUAGCUAUUGUAUGUCAUAAAUAAGUACUGUUCUGCCAGACAUACAGUAGUAUUCUACGUUAAUAGUUGGAAAUCUUGGCGAUCAAAGGUUGGAGGAUUUUAUUGUCAAGUGGAGCUGAAAUCUUAGCACAAUCUAUUGCAUACAACUGUUUAUCUACUGUAUUUUGUAAUGUUGUAAAUGUAUUUUCUAGUCCAAAAACAGGUAUUUGCAUUGAGGUCACUGCCUUUAUAUGUUUACAAAAGGAUAGUGGCACUUGUGAUGUUUGAUCAGGAUGGGACUGUAGCAAGGUGCAGCGCUGAAUAUCAAAUAAAAUCCCAAAUGAUUUGAAAGUUU